AUGGCGAUGCACUAUCCAUCAAUCGUGGACGUGUCAGCAUUUAAAUUUUCUGUUUCUGGUAAUAAAUAUGGAUGUAUUUGCCUUGCAGCUCCAAAGGGUUUGUUUCCACCAGAACCAGAACAUUAUCGUGGGCCCAAGCUCAAAGUAGCCAUUAUCGGAGCUGGACUUGCUGGCAUGUCCACUGCAGUCGAGCUUUUGGAUCAAGGCCACGAGGUGGAUAUAUAUGAUUCAAAGUCUUUUGUUGGUGGAAAAGUGGGUUCGUUUGUAGACAAACAGGGAAACCACAUUGAAAUGGGAUUGCAUGUUUUCUUUGGUUGCUACAAUAAUCUCUUCCGCUUGAUGAAAAAGGUAGGUGCUGAAAAGAAUCUUCUUGUCAAGGAUCACACUCACACUUUUGUCAACAAAGGGGGUGAUAUUGGCGAACUUGAUUUUCGGUUCCCAAUUGGAGCACCAAUACAUGGAAUGCGCGCAUUUUUGACGACGAAUCAACUCGGGACUUACGACAAAGCAAGAAAUGCAGUGGCUCUCGCCCUUAGUCCAGUCGUAAGGGCACUUGUCGAUCCAGAUGGAGCAAUGCAGAACAUACGAGAUCUUGAUAAUAUAAGCUUCUCUGAGUGGUUCAUGUCCAAAGGCGGGACACGCAAGAGCAUACAGAGAAUGUGGGACCCCGUUGCUUAUGCACUAGGAUUCAUCGACUGUGAUAAUAUUAGUGCACGCUGUAUGCUUACUAUAUUUUCACUCUUUGCUACUAAAACCGAAGCUUCCCUACUUCGAAUGCUAAAGGGCUCUCCAGAUGUUUAUUUGAGUGGUCCCAUCAGAAAGUAUAUAACAGACAGGGGAGGCAGGUUCCAUUUGCGGUGGGGAUGCAGAGAAGUUCUUUACGAUAGAUCUGCCGAUGGAGGUGUGUAUGUAACGGGGCUUGCAAUGUCCAAGGCUACUGAAAAGAAAACAGUAAAAGCCGAUGCUUAUGUGGCAGCAUGUGAUGUACCCGGAAUUAAAAGAUUACUCCCACAAGAUUGGAGAGAGUCGCAAUUCUUCGAUAACAUCUAUAAACUGGUAGGAGUACCAGUUGUCACUGUGCAGCUUCGAUACAAUGGCUGGGUUACAGAGCUAAAAGACUUAGAACGUUCACGGCAAUUGAGGCAAGCAUCGGGACUUGAUAAUCUACUUUACACUCCGGAUGCAGAUUUCUCUUGUUUUGCUGACCUGGCGCUCACAUCACCAGCGGAUUAUUACAUUGAGGGACAAGGCUCGUUGCUUCAAUGUGUACUUACACCUGGGGAUCCUUACAUGCCUCUACUAAACGAUGAAAUUAUCAAGAGAGUUACAAAACAGGUUUUGGUGCUGUUUCCAUCUUCCCAAGGUUUGGAAGUAACAUGGUCGUCAGUUGUGAAAAUCGGACAGUCUUUAUACCGUGAAGGACCUGGUAAAGACCCUUUCAGACCCGACCAGAAAACUCCGAUAAAAAACUUCUUCCUCGCUGGUUCAUACACUAAACAGGAUUACAUAGACAGCAUGGAGGGAGCGACUCUGUCUGGCAGACUAGCCUCGGCGUUCAUAUGUGGUGCUGGAGAAGAAUUGGUCGCCUUACCGAAUUAUCUUCUCAAGAAAUGAGUGACCUGUCUGAUUUUAUUUUAUAAUA